AUGAAGAUCUCAUGGACGUUGGCCACCGCCGUCGCGGCGCUGUCCUCCACCGCAGCCGCUUGGGGCACCCCCAGAUGUCGCUGCCUGCCUGGUGAUAGCUGCUGGCCCUCGCAGUCGUCCUGGGAUGCGCUCAACAGCACUGUGGGCGGUCGCUUGAUUGCGACAGUCCCCCUCGGAUCGCCUUGUCACGAUCCCACCUACGAUGCCGACGCCUGUAAGGCGUUGCAGGCGGACUGGAAUCUUCCCGAGACUCACCUUUCCUCGUCCUCCUCGAUCAUGCAGACCUACUUUGCCAACCAGAGCUGUGAUCCCUUCACCUCCAAGUCCACCCCGUGCACCAUGGGGAACUACGUCGACUACGCCGUCAAGGUCUCCUCCAGCGACGACGUGAUUGCGGCGGUCAACUUCGCGCGGGACAACAAUAUCCGUUUCGUCAUCCGCAACACCGGUCAUGAUUACUUUGGCCGUUCGACCGGCGCCGGUGCCCUCUCCGUCUGGAUGCACCACCUCAACGACGUCACCUACGUUGACUGGAAGGAUUCCCGCUACCAGGGCCCCUCUUUCAAGGUCUCGGCAGGUGCCAUGGGAUUUCAGGUGCUCAACGCCGCUCAUGCCAGGAAUCUGGUCGUCGUCGGCGGCGAGUGCCCGACCGUUGGUCUGGCGGGUGGCUACAUCCAGGGUGGUGGUCACUCCGCCCUCAGCACCUCGUUCGGUCUCGGUGCCGAUCAGGCGCUGCAGUAUGAGGUGGUGACGGCCUCGGGCAAGCUCGUUACCGCCUCCCGCUCCGUCAACCCGGAGCUUUUCUGGGCCCUGAGCGGUGGUGGUGCCGGCAACUACGGUGUGGUGAUGUCGGUCACCGUCAAGGCGUACCCGGACAAGAUUGUUGGUGGCGGCAGCCUGCAGUUCGUCGCCAGCAGCACCACCCCGGACAAGUUCUUCGAGGCCGUCGCCCAGUUCCACGCCCUCCUGCCAGCCAUGAUCGACCACGGCGCCACCGUCAUCUACCAGAUGACCUCGACCUUCUUCGCCAUCGUUCCCGUCACCGCGUUCGGCAAGACCAGCGACGACGUGAAGAACCUCCUGGCUCCCUUCGUCCAGGCUCUGGACGGGCUCGGCAUCCCCUACCAGGCCGCGUACACCCAGUCCACCUCCUACUAUGAGCACUACGAGAAGUACAUGGGCCCGCUCCCCUACGGCCACCUCGGCGUCGGCGAGUUCCAGUACGGCGGCCGCCUGAUCCCCCGUAACGUGCUCACCAACAACGCGGCCGGCUUCGCCAAGGUUCUGCGGAGCAUCACCGAGCAGGGUGUCAUCGCCGUCGGUGUUGGCAUGGACGUCUCGAACCCUGGUGACGUCUCCAACGCCGUCUUCCCCGCCCUGCGCAAGGCUGCCAUUACCAUGCAGAUCGGCACCCUCUGGAACUCGUCGGCGCCGUGGUCGCAGAUGCUGGCGGAUCAGCAACGCAUGACCAACGAGUUUGUGCCCCAGCUCGAGGCCGUCACCCCCGGCAGCGGUACCUACCAGAACGAGGCCGACUUCAACCAGCCCCACUGGCGCGAGACCUUCUUCGGCCGGAACUUCUUCCCUCUGCUGUCGGUCAAGGCCAAGUGGGAUCCUACCUUCCUGUUCUAUGCCCUCAAGGCGGUUGGCAGUGAUUUCUGGACCGUCGACAAGUCCGGUCGCAUGUGCCAGACGUGGAGCCUUUAG